AUGGCAGAACCUACGGCACCAGCACCGGCAACGGGCGAGGAGGAAAAGGGCCCCUCUAAGCGUGCGCUCGAAAAAGCCGCAAAGAAGGCUGCCGCGAAAGCAAAGAAAGCCGAACAUGCCCUGCGCCCCAAGGAGCAGGCGAAGCCCGCGGCAAAAGCUGAGCCGGUCAGCAUGUUCGCCGAGGGCUGGCUGAAGCGCAUAUACGAGGAGAAGCCCGUCAAGGACGUCUACACACGAUUCCCGCCUGAGCCUAACGGCUACCUGCACAUCGGUCACUGCAAGGCCAUUGCUGUUAACUUUGGCUUCGCGAAACAUCACAAGGGCGUGUGCUACCUGCGCUACGACGACACGAACCCGGAGAAGGAGGAGGAGAAGUACUUUACGAGCAUUCUUGACAUUAUCAAGUGGCUGGGUUUCGAGCCGUGGAAGGUCACGUACAGCAGCGACAACUUCGACAAGUUGUACGAGCUGGCGGAGGAGCUGAUUAGGAAGGAUGGCGCGUAUGUGUGCCACUGCUCAAGAGAGGAGGUCAACAUGCAGCGCGGCGGCCCCGACAACCGCGGCAAGCGCUACGCCUGCGAGCACCGCACACGACCGAUCGACGAGUCCAUCACCGAGUUCCGUGCGAUGCGCGACGGCAAGUACAAGGCUGGCGAGGCGUACCUGCGCAUGAAGCAGAGCCUGACAGACCCCAACGAGGGCAACCCGCAGAUGUGGGAUCUGCCCGCCUACCGAGUCGUCGAGAAGAACCACCACCACAGGACGGGCGACCGGUGGAAGAUCUACCCCACGUACGACUUUACCCACUGCAUUUGCGAUGCGCUCGAGGGCAUCUCGCAUUCGCUGUGCACGGUUGAGUUCCGCCAGUCGCGCAUCUCGUACGACUGGUUGCUGGAGAAGCUGGAGAUGAAGGUGCCCAAGUCGGAGGAGAAGGGGCCGAUGCAGAGGGAAUACGGUCGUCUGAGCGUCAACGGAACGAUUCUGUCGAAGCGCCGCAUUCUCAUGUUGGUUGAGGGCGCGAAGGUCGGCGACAGGACCAUCCCGCCGUCGGUACGAGGCUGGGACGACCCGCGUUUGUACACCAUGGUUGCGCUCCGCCGUCGUGGUAUUCCCGCCAAGGCUAUGCUCCACUUUGUCGAAGAGCUGGGUGUGACGGACUCUUUUACCGACAUCGAAGCCCCACGCUUCGAAGCUUCUAUCCGCAAGCACCUGGAGCGCACUGUUCCCCGCCAGAUGCUGGUGCUUGAGCCUAUCAAGGUCGUCAUCGAAGACUUUGCUGCCGAAGACGACCAGGAAGUGACGGUGCCGUACGACCCCAAGGGAGGCAUUCCCGGCGAGCGCAAGGUCAAGGUCGGCGGCUCCAUCUACAUUGACCGCAGCGACUUCCGCGAAGAAGACGACCCAGACUACUUCCGCCUCGCGCCCAACAAGACGGUGGGGCUGUACAACGUGCCGUUUUCGAUCCGCGCCACAUCCUUCUCCAAGGACGCAAGUGGCAAGGUCACAGAGAUCAAAGCCGUCAAGGUCCCCGCGAGCGAGCGGCCAAAGGCAUACAUCCAGUGGGUGGACGCGGCAACAGGCAUCCAAGUGACGGCACGGCAGUACAACAGCCUCUUCAAGACCGAGUCGCCCAACACGCUGAACUGGAAGGACGGCAGCUGGGCCGACGAUCUGCGAACCGACUCGGAGGUCAUCUACGCGGACGCGGUGAUUGAGCGCGGGCUGAACAAUCUGAUCGCGGAGAACGAACUCAACCCCGGCGGCUCGUCGGACGCGCUCGUCCGCUUCCAGGCGCUGCGCACGGCCUACUUUUGCGUCGAUCUCGAGAGCACGCCCGAGCGCAUCGUGCUGAAUCAGAUUGUGUCGCUGCGCGAGGAUAAGGGCAAAUAG